AUGGCUCCAAUCAAGCAGAUCGAAUAUUUUAGAGUGCCUCCGCGAUGGCUGUUUGUCAAAAUCACAGACUCCGAGGGCAAUGUCGGCUGGGGUGAAGCUUCACUAGAGGGUCAUACUGAAGCGGUUGAAGGUUGUCUCGACGCCUUUGUCGAGCGAUUUGUUGGGUUGGAUGCUAAGUAUGAACCUUUUGCGAUUCUCUUUUUCCUUUCUUUGACUGCGUACUCAUUUCUGUUUAGUGACAUUGAGCAUAUAUGGCAGAAUGGCUAUCGCAUGGGUUUCUACCGUGGGGGGCCAAUCCUAAUGAGUGCUCUGUCCGGCAUCGAUAUUGCUCUAUGGGAUUUGAAAGCGUCACGUUUUGGUGUGCCCAUAUACGAGCUACUCGGCGGGAAGGUCCGUGACAAACUACGGGUUUAUGCUUGGAUAGGAGGGGAUCGCCCUGGAGAUGUAGAGGCACAAGCUCGCGGUCGUAUCUCACAGGGAUUCAAAGCAGUGAAAAUGAACGCGACCGAAGAUCUUGGAUGGCUAGACUCACCCGCCGCGCUCAACGCAUCCGUGGAGCGUCUGAAGACCGUCAAGUCUCUGGGUUUAGAUGCCGGUGUGGACUUCCACGGCAGGGUGCACAAGGCAAUGGCCAUCCAGCUUGCACAUAAGCUGGCUCCGCACGAGCCGUUAUUCAUCGAGGAGCCCUUGCUCUCCGAGCACCCAGAGUCGGUGGCUGCUUUGUCCAAAUUGGUCCCCAUUCCGAUUGCGCUUGGCGAGCGCCUACACUCUCGCUGGGACGUCAAGCCAUUUCUAGAAUCGGCUUCUGUCAGUAUUCUUCAGCCUGAUAUCAGUCACGUUGGAGGUAUUUCCGAGCUGCGGCGCAUUGCCAUCAUGGGUGAAGCUUACGAUGUGGCUUUGGCACCGCACUGUCCUCUCGGCCCGAUUGCUCUAGCUGCCAAUAUUCAGGUUGAUGCCGUGUCGGCGAAUUUUGCGAUUCAGGAAAUGAGUGUGGGCAUCCACUAUAAUCAUGGCUCGGCGGAUAUCGGGACUUAUAUCAAGAACCCCGAAGUUUGGACAGUCAAGGACGGCAUGCUGGAUCUUAUGCGGGGUCCCGGUCUAGGCAUAGAGAUUGACGAGGAGAGGAUUAGAGCUGCAGCAGUUGGUGCCAAAGCUUGGAGAAGCCCGUGCUUUCAAGGUCCUGGGGGUGAGUGGAGAGAAUGGUAA